CGAGAUAGCGGAACACUAUAGAAAAAUUUCCCAGUAAAGAGAGAGAAUUGUUAGCGGAAAAGUCGUGAGUCGAUAUUGGGCAAAAGUAGCAGCGUAUAAUAAAGUGAAGUCCCGAGCACUGUCAAUUAAUUGCCACCAGCAAGGUGACGACUUUGCAUACUUUGGCACUUAGAUAAAUAUUUGUGAUUUGCUUGUCUUGUGACAUUCACGAGAUCGGCAAGAUGUCAGUAUUGAAUCAAAGCGGCGAGGAUGCAGUGGAAUGCCCUCUGUGUAUGGAACCGUUAGAAGUGGAUGAUCUGAAUUUCUUCCCAUGCACUUGCGGAUACCAAAUAUGCCGUUUUUGUUGGCACAGAAUUCGUACCGAUGAGAAUGGCCUGUGUCCUGCAUGUCGAAAGGCCUAUUCUGAAAAUCCGGCUGAUUUUAAACCCCUUAGCAAGGAAGAAAUAUCAAGAUUAAAAGCUGAGAAGAGAUUGAAAGAUCAACAACGGAAGCAGAGAGUUACGGAAAAUCGGAAACAUCUAGCAAAUGUGAGAGUAGUACAAAAAAAUUUAGUGUUUGUAGUAGGAUUACCAAUGCGGCUGGCAGAUGCUGAUGUUUUAAAGAAACACGAAUAUUUUGGAAAAUUUGGCAAGAUACACAAAGUCGUAAUUAACCAGAGUACUUCCUACGCAGGGUCUCAAGGCCCCAGUGCUUCGGCUUAUGUUACUUAUCAACGUCAAGAGGAUGCGUUACGUGCUAUAGAGGCUGUGAACAACAUUGUUGUGGACGGACGGACAAUAAAAACAUCAUUAGGAACGACGAAGUACUGUUCGCAUUUUAUGCGUAAUCAAGUCUGUCCGAAGCCAGAUUGCAUGUACCUGCACGAUCUUGGGGACCAGGAGGCAUCCUUUACGAAGGAAGAGAUGCAUCAGGGGAAACAUCAGGAGUAUGAGCGCAAGCUUGUGCAAUCGUUACAUGCGCACGCAUCUUCAGUUCAACGGAAACCGACACCAUCACCACCUGUAACAGGCAGUAUUGUUAGUAGGGAAAGUGGAACUGUAAAUUCGCAAACUAAAGAGGCGUGGCCUUCGUUGCAACCGGGACAGACAAAUAGUACACAAAACAAUUGUAAAGAAAUAUCACCACCUGUGCAAACAACUUCACAACACAGCAAUGUAACAAGCGGAAAUGGCAUGGUAGCUCAACAAAGUCAUGUGUCCUCCGGGGUGUCUACGCAUCAACAGAAUAAUAACAACAAGGGUGAAAGUGGUGUGGGUGUACGACGGGGUAAAAGUAAUAGCGAAAGUAAAGCACAGGCAGCUCGGAACAAACAUAAAAAUAGUCAAAACAAAGAGAAACAUGGCACUCGUGUGACAUCGCGAUCUGAAUCAAGCUCAAUCAACAUGCAAAGUAAUUCACAGUCACAAAUUACCGGGCAAAAAGAUGUUAGAAACUUUUCCGCUGAUACGAACAGUGAUAUGUUGCAAAAAUUAGGUAACAAGUGUAAAAUGGAGCAACAACAGCAACAACAGCAGCCGUUACAAUCUCAACAAAGUAGCAACAAAACAUCAAAAUUAGUUCAAUUACAGUCUCAUGAAGUUAAAGUAAAUGGUGCAUUUCAAAACGGAGAACGUCGAUAUUCGGACAGUGAAACGGAUCAACAACGUGAAGGUAGCACGCCAGCAAGUACAAUUUCGAGCACGGAAGAUUCGAAUGUAAAUCAUCAAACUGAACACUUAGCUGAAUCUAGUGAAGAAAACAGUGGUGCUAUUCUUUUGGGUUCGUCUCCAGCUAGCACAAAUUCAUCACAAGGUGCCAAUCAACCACCACCACCAGGACUACACAAUGGAUCUCAAAUGCAAAUCAAUCAUCGGUCGAUCUUUCAGGCAGACAAUAAGUUUUUCAGUUCAAACACCUUCCAGAAAAUACCAACUACCACUUCGAUGCCAUCAAAUUCCCUUGCAGCAAAUACAAGUCUGGAUUGGACGAACACAGGAGUGGCUACGAUACCUGAUUCUUUACCGACAGUUCAUUCUAGCGAAGAUUGGCAAGCUGCUUUCGGUUUCCAACCUGAAUCGUCUCGAACGAACCAUAUUUUAUCAAAAUCCAGCUCAUCUGAUUCGCCGAGAGUGACAUUCAAUUCUGAAAGUUUUGUAGAAGAGGAAGUUUAUAUAAAUGCACCGUACACUGCGACACUUACAGAACCAUCAUCUGGUACCUUCACAGCUAACUUACUUGUAAAUUCUCCCGCGUCUAAAUUUAUGGCAGACUUUCAACAAAAUUCAUUACAACAAAGGCUUAAUAUACAGGCACAACAAACUCAAGAAAAUUGUGAAUACAUAAAACAAAACGGCCAUGUUACAAUGGAGGAAAUUCGAAAUCACCAUGAUGCAGGCUCAGAUACAGUAAAAGCAGAUGACGACUUAGGUUUUGAUCCGUUUCAUGAAACGCAGAAGGCAUUGGCCGAACUUUUAGCUGAAGAUGAAAUGCAGGUGCAACAGCAAAAGAUAUUCCAACAACAGCAGCAAAGAGAACGAGAAGAACAAACUAGGGUGCAGCAACAACAAACUCUGGCAAAUCUUAGCCAACAGCAUUUUCCACAAGUUGCACACAUAGCACAUCUUCAACAACAAGCUCAGCACUUGCAAAAUCUACAAGUGCUUCAGUCGCAUUCCCUCUUGUCCCGUCUUCCGCAAAAUUUAUUACCAAGCGGCGCCCAGAGUCCUGCACAGGGCACAGUGACGGCUACCAACUUAGGACAACGCAGUCGCCUUCCGCCACCGGGUUUUCCUGGUUCCACGCCAAAUCACAUGAAUUCAUUCGGUCUCGGUAUACCGCGACCAGCACCAACGAAUAGUGCCCUCUCUGGAGCACAACCAUCUCAACAAAGUGCGUAUCUUCCAAAUGGAAGUUCGCUUCUCAACACACAAAGUAUCGGAAAGUGCACAGGUGACGCGGUGUAUGCCCUGAAAGAUUGGUGUGAAAUAAACAGUCAACAGCAGCAGUUUCAUCAUCAAGCGUUGCAUCAGAAAGGAUGGAACAAUUUCGGACCUAUCGCAGAUUGGACUUCGAUUGAUCCGGCUAUAGUUACUUCGUCUAGACCUCUUCCAUUCCAAACUACCAGCACAUGGCAGUUUCCCCACAUUCAUCCUUCUCAUGUUGUAACUCAUAACGCGCAACAGGAACAGAACGCACCCGCUCAACAUUGGGCGAUGCAACCACCUCCUGGCUUUGCUGCACCCACAACCACAGGGCAGUUGAAUAAUCCACAGUCUAGUACGACUGCACAACCGCACACUAAGCUCAUCUCUGCAGGAUCGGAAAUCGAAAUUGCAAAUUAAAUUAAUUGAAUACACAGCUUAUACGGAUUAAAGACUAUCUGUACUAAUCGAAAGAAAAGCGAUAUUUCCAACUUGGCGACAAGACUAUCGAUAUAUCAAUAUUGAUUAAGGAAAACUACAGAUGACUGUCCGAAACAAAUUAACAACGCGAUGAUGUAUUUAUGAAUGCGAUGCGAGAAAAAA